GGGGAUGCAGGGUUUGCACACUCCUCUACAAGAGACAUAAGCCACCCUGAUGAAGCCCAGAGGCCAAAAGGGAUGCUUCUGAACAGGACACCCCACAGCCCCUGGCGACGGAGCCGUAGCUCUCGUCUUGAUGCUCCCUGUGAACACGGUACCCGGCAUCACCCUCCGAUUAAGCUUCCAGAGCCACCUCCAGGAAUCCCUGGGGUGAAGGUAUCUGAGAAGAAUGACCUGCACAGCAGUCAAACCAAGCUUAAUGUCAUCCUCAAACCAGCAAGGAUUCCUAAGAAUGCCCAGCCUGUAGUGCCCCAGGCACCACAGGGCCAGCUUUUCCUGGGCCAACUCAUUCAGGGUAAGCCUUUGCAGGGCCAAACUCUGAAAGGUCAGGUUUUGCAGGGACAGGUGAUGCCAGUCCAUACUCACAAGAGGCCCAGUCUUCCAGAAUCAGGCUUGAGAAGUAAGAUAAAAUCCUUUCUGCACUGUUUUAACUCCAAGGCAAAAGGCAAAGUGCAUGAAGAAUCCAUGUUCUCUACAGCUGGGAAAGUGGCCAACACCAGAAAAGAAAAUGUAGAAAAGGGCCGGGCUCCAGCCAAAAGUUCCAUGGGGCGAACCGAGACAGAGAGGACAAGAGGAGACUCCAAGGCCCAAUCUUUUCCCACUGAGAAGCAGGUGGGCCUGGCCUUCUUGGAUG